UGAAGAGUAUACGGUGAUCGCAUAUUUGUGUAUUCCACUUUUGGAAAGAAAACAACUCAGGAAAUGCAUCGAAGAAUAUAUCUAAUUCGUAUUGUGGCAGCCAUGACCAUCACAGUACCUAGUACUGUAUACACUCAGAAUGUGACAAAAGUAAAAUUGUUUGGCGGAUAUUUUCCAUGGGAAGGAACGGUACAAGUAUAUCACAAUGGUGUUUGGGGAACAGUAUGUCACGACAGCUUUAGCACAUACGAAGCAAGAGUGGUUUGUAGAAUGCUCGGUUACAGUACUAGUUAUGCAGUUGCCUACACUGAUAGACACUUUGGGCGAGGUUCGGGACCGAUAUGGCUUGAUGAUCUAGGAUGCAAUGGAAAUGAGCUAAACAUAGACCAGUGUGGCAAGAAUAGCAACAAGUGGGGCAUACAUAAUUGUAACCACAAUGAAGAUGCAGGUGUAAGCUGCGAUAACACACACAUGGAAAUAAGACUUAUUGGCGGCGGAGGUAACUAUGAAGGCACUAUUGAUAUUAGCUAUGCCAGACAGUGGGGUACAAUUUGUGACAGAAGAUUCACCAAUAAUGAUGCAAAUGUAUUCUGCAAAAUGGCUGGCUUUAACGGAGGUGUUGCAGUGAAAGGUGCACAAUUUGGGGAGCUAGACUAUGGUCGGAUUUGGGCUGAAAACCUUAACUGUCAAGGAACUGAACCCAGUAUAAAACAGUGCAGCAGAUACUCUUCUGUCUUUGGAAGCUCAUCAACCUGUAAUCAUUCUAUGGAUGCCGGAGUUAUUUGUGAUCACACCCCAGUACGACUAGUUGGAGGCCAAUACCCGUAUGAAGGUCGCCUGGAAAUAUAUCAUAAUGGAGCGUGGGGAACAGUUUGUAAAACAGGAUUUGAUGCUUCAACAGAUGGGGUUGCGUUUUGUGAAAUGCUCGGAUACAAUUAUACGAGCACUCCAACUAUUUACAACGUAACUGGAGGAUCGGGACCUGUAUGGCUGAGUAACGUGGAUUGCAGUAUACACACAGUUGACGUUGAGUUCUGUGCUCAUGAUGGUUGGGAAAAUACAACAUGCAAUCACGACAUGGACGUUGGACUUCGCUGCCGACAUACGAACCUUCAACUGAAAGGUGGUUCAGGGGCAUGGGAAGGUAGUGUGGAAUUUCUUCUGGACUCUACUAAUGCCUGGACAUCAAUAUGCGAUUCUGACUUUGGCGAAACGGAAGCAGAGGCUGUCUGUCGUAUGUUGGGUUAUAUUGGCAAAGAUGUCCACCAUGUUGAAUAUGCAGCAGGAUAUUUCCCAUCGAGCUACUCGCCAAAAAUUGGCAAUUUGACCUGUACCGGAAACGAGACAGAUAUUAGACAUUGUUCGGCCGUAUUCCGUACCAACUCUUCUUGUACUGCCAGUACUGCCGCCAGUAUUAAAUGCAGGAGUAUAAAUGUCAGACUUGUGGAUGGUCCACACAGCAGUGCAGGUAGAGUGGAAGUCUACCAUGAAGGACGCUGGGGAACGAUCUGUGACAGUCAAUGGGAUGAUGAGGAUGCCACUGUUAUAUGCAAAAUGUUGUCAGCGUAUCCAUACGAGGGUGAGGUGUUUGGUAAAGCUGUAAAAUCGUCAUAUUUUGGACGUGGUGAGGGUCCUGUCUGGCUUGCUGAUGUACGAUGUAGAGGAACAGAACAUGACAUUAAAGACUGCACAAAAAGCUGGGCAGGUGGUGUGAACUGCGAUCAUACAAACGAUGCUGGAGUCAUAUGCAGCUACCCAUACCAGAAGCGCCUUGCAAAUGGGAGAGACCAGUCUCAGGGACGUGUAGAAUAUCUCCAUUCUAGCUGGAAGGCGUACUGUGGACGAGGGUGGAAGGUGAACGAUGGAAAAGUUAUAUGCCGUGAGGUAGGAUAUUGGAAUGUCGAUCCUGUUAUACGUUACAAUGCCUCUUAUGGACCGGGCAGUACGAACUAUGAUCUACGUCCACAGUGUGAAGGUGAAGAGGGAAGCUUUGAGAUGUGUCGAUUUGAUAAACAGUAUGCGACAGCCUCAUGCACAUCCGCGGAAAGUGUUGGUGUGGAAUGUCGCCCACAACCUGCCAACAAGAAUAACGUUCGAGUGGUGGAUGGUGAAGGACCUUGGCGUGGACGACUCGAACUUUUGACCAACAACACAUGGGGUAGUGUCUGCUACGACUUCUGGAAUGCUACAACAGCCCUGAAAGCUUGCGAAACUUUAGGAUUCAAAUAUCUGAGUUCUGACGCAUCAAGUUUUAAAAUCUCACGAGGACUCACACCAAUGCAUUUUAAAUCUAUCAUCUGUGAUGCAUCUGACCUGAACAUAGGUUUGUGCAAGGCUAACUUCAACAUCAGUGAAUGUGAACAGAGACAUGCCGAGGCUGUAGGUGUUGAUUGCUCAGCUGGAAUAACAGUUACACUAUCACAGACAUAUUCUGGUCAGGUAAACAUCCAUAAGGCAACAAAUGCAUCCGUGAAUUGGUCGGUUUGUCACAAUACUGUGGAUACUAACGUUGCCAAGACUAUAUGUGCAAUGGUUGGAUACAACAAUACAGCACCAGUUAUAUCCACUGUGUCAUCCAGUAACCCCGUUCUGUUUACAAAUAUAUCUUGCAAUGGUUGGGAAUCACAUUUGUUACAAUGUACAACACAGAGAAAUGGGCCUUCAUGCAGUCAGAAAGGAGCAGUGAAAUGUUUCGAUUGUAUACAAACACUGAACACAGAAUCUGGAACGGUAUUAUCUAGUAGUUACCCGGGCUACUCGUCUAACACCGACUGCUUAAUUAUCAUCAACAAACAAGGAAAUACGGCAUUAAAACUGGAUUUCUCGGACUUUCAAGUAGCCGGUGACGGUGAUUAUGUAGAGGUAAAGGACGGAAAUGGUAAACAGUUGGGAUAUUUUACAACAAGUGAUAAUAUUCCGUUUCUUGUUUCUAAAGAGGGAUUCUAUAUUCGUCUUAGAUCGAACAGCAAUGACAACGCUAGAGGUUUUAAUGCUUCAUGGAGUCCUCUACGUAUAAUUGAUGCUGUACAUAUGGGAUGCGCGUCCAAGGGUUGGAAUGUAGCAGUGAAUAUGACCAUCCUGCGUGCACUAUAUCCGGACACUGGCGCAUCUCAGAUUAAACUGUCGGAACAAGAUUGUACAGGUCAGGUAAUGGGGGAUCUGGUUGUGUUCAAACAGAGCUACACAAAAUGUUCGACAACAUCAAAGGUAAUAGGCCAAUUUAUACUGUAUUUCAUUAUUGUAUACACCACUGUUUUUUUAUACAUUACGCCAUUUAUUGACUCAAUAAGAUUGAAUAUGCCGACAUUGGCGAAGAAAGAUCCUAAGCGAACAACAAACCGAAUAUUUUCAUAGAAUUGACAGUGGUUA